AUGCCUGGACCUGCCUCAGAGGCUCCGCCCCGCAGUGGCUCCUCUGCAAGGCCUGCGGAGGACGCAGGGCCUUCUUCUUCCUCGUCCCCUCCGACAAAAAAGCAAGACUAUGCAGCCGCAGGCGCCGCUCGAGUUGAAGCUAUCCAGUCUUGCGUCCACGAGAAGGCGCUCUACGACGCAUGUUGGAAUCACUGGUAUCGCUACCAUUUUAUUCGCGGGCAGUUGCAGCAGAACUGCAACCAUUUCUUUGAGGAAUAUCGAGCAUGCGUCCUCGAGGAAAUCGAAAGGAAGUCACUAGGCGAAAUCGCCGCGGCUCCCUUCUCCCUCACCUCUUGGAAGGAAAACUCCAAAGACGCCUAG